AUGGCGUCUGCAAUCCGCUCGCUGGUCGCCGAGGCUCGCUGGCGUGGCCUGUGGGGCACCGUCCGCGCCAUCAAGAUGAACAAGAUGGGAACCAUGUCCUGCUACGUCGGCGAGGACACGUUUCAAAACCGCUACUUCGAGGACAGGACCGAGACGUACGGUCGUGAUCGCUGGGUCGAGUACGUCGACGAGCGCAACCCGGACAGCCUCAAGGUCGAGCCGGAGUGGCAUGCCUGGCUUCAUCACAACACCGACGACGCUCCGUCGCAACACCCGCUGCCGAGGCCGGUGUAUGAAAAGCCGAGUAGCGGCAACCCCACGGGCACCCGCGACGCGUAUGUGCCGCCGCACCACCGCCUGUCGAAGAAAUUCGACGGGAAUGCAUCGGAAAAGUACGAGACUUGGGCACCGCAAGGGCGGAAAAAGGCGGAGGGCGGAAAGCCGGAUAGUGAGGAUAAGGUGCUCGACUUAAAGUGAGCCGUGGGAAGUAGGAUUUUUGCUGCAGCUUGCGUUUUGUUGCUUGCGUCGGAGAGGACAACGGCAGUGGCUGGUGCGCGGUUGGAAGGGCUGAGCUGGGAUUGAUGAUGCUUUGCGCGAAGAUUCUGCGGGUACGGAAUCAGUAAUCUGAGCGCGACGCUGGUGCUGACUUUGUCCGUGAUGAGGACUAAUCAGGUGUCAAUUUUGUUUGCUUUAAGCAGCGCCAUGUUUACCAUAAUACAUGCUUCACUUCUUCUACCACCAAUUCCCGUCGGGCAUUUGCGUUGCUCGCAUCUUGGGCGUCUUUUAGCAGACAAAGAAUUGAUGUUGGACGACGUCGUCCUGCGAUGCAAAGACUAAAAGGUUAGUUUUGCUCAUGCGCCUCUGCUUCCACCCGUUCCUUUAACGCGUCAUUCAAGCCCUUGUAGCUUGCCUCGAGCGUUUCCUUUCCAAGAAUUCUAGUUACGAAAGGUCCUAGAAUGCCCGACCAAUCUUCCCCAUGUGUAAACACACAACCGGUCUCCGUCUCCUCGAUUGUGAAAUAAUGCUCGCCUCUACAAACGAAGGCCGCCAGGAAAAUGCCAGCCCACCGCAACUCCUUGUUGAUAUCGUUGACCAGUAUCGUUGGCUUGAAUGUCAUCGGCGCUCGAGUGCCGAUCUUCACGUCUGCUUCGAUUGUUUCCCCAACAGAUGGCGUGCCGGAUAUUUGAAGAACCAUCGGGUUCCACUCCUUGUAUGCGGGGAAAUCCAUAAGUACUUGAUACACAGCGGAUGGCGGUGCGUUGAUGUUGGUUUUGACUAGGAUGCUUGCCAUAGUGGGAAUGUACCCUUCGAAGGGUAGUAUGCUCAAGCAGUGGUGCACAAUGGAACGCGUCCCGUCGUUAUACUUUUGCCGCAAAUCGGAAACGGUUUGGUCUCUAGGAUGAACGGUUUGCGAGUGCGGAGAAAACGUUGCUUUGCGUCGUAGCUAAU